AUGAAUGACAUAACACAGACUGCUAAUGAGAUUGAAGAUUUCACAGAUUUCCAGAAUUACUCAGAAGGCCCCACAACCGAUUCAAAUGACUUCAUCUGUGACGAUGUGAUUCAGCUGCAGUUCUUUCACACCAUUCUCCUGCCAUUGAUCUACAGUGCGGUCUUCUUGUUCGGCAUAACUGGAAAUGGGUUGCUCUUAACUGUCCUGCUGAAACGUCGAGACCCCCUGCGCAUCACUGAGAUUUAUCUCCUGCACCUGGCUGUGUCUGAUCUGCUUCUUCUUGUCACCUUCCCUUUUGCUGUGAUCCAGGGGCUGAAUAGCUGGGUCUUUGGGGACUUUCUGUGCAAGUUGGUUGGUCUACUGAACCGCAUAAACUUCCUCUGCGGCAGCCUGCUCCUGGCCUGUAUUGGCAUUGACCGCUACCUGGCCAUCGUCCACGCGGUGACCAGCCUGCAAAGCCGCCGGCCACGAACCGUGCACCAGACCUGUGCUGUACUCUGGCUCAUUAGUCUGGUGGUGUCAGUGCCCCACAUGGCCUUUCUGGGCGUUACAAAGAGUUUCAAUGACCCCAAUCGGCUUGUCUGUACUUUCCACAACCAUGGCCUUCACGCCAACAACUGGAACCUGGCCAAUCGCCUCAUUACCCUCAUGCUCGGUUUCCUCCUGCCACUGGUCAUCAUGAUAUACUGCUACACUGCUGUGGUCUCAACGCUUUGUCGCAGCCAAAGGGGUCUGGAGAAGCAGGGUGCCAUUCGCCUGGCACUGCUUGUCACCAUGGUCUUCUGUCUCUGUUGGCUACCUUACAACCUGGCCAUUAUGGUGGACACACUAGUGGUGCUGGGGAUUCUCCCUGAGCAAAGCUGCUGGGCCCGGGCCAGACUGGCGGAGGGGGUGAGCGUGACCGAGAGCAUUGGCUACACCCACAGCUUCCUCAAUCCAAUCCUCUAUGCAUUCGUAGGAGUGCGUUUCCGUGCGGAUCUCCUACGGCUGCUGUAUAGGUCGGGCUGUGGACAGGUGUGUGCACCCGUACUGGGAGGUGAGGGAUUCAACAGGGUGUCUGUGUCAGAGAUGGCCACCACAACCACAACCACAACCAUCUGA